AUGAAUAAUACUGCAGCUAGCCCGAUGUCUACUGCCACUUCAAGCAGCGGAAGAAAUACAGGGAAGGCUAUAAGCUUUGCUGGAGAAUUGCAGAGCAUGAUGUUUUCUUUAGGUGAUGCUAGGAGGCCUCUCCAUGAAACAGCAGUUUUGGUAGAAGAUGUGGUUCACACACAACUAAUUAACCUGUUACAGCAAGCUGCAGAAGUCUCUCAGCUGCGGGGAGCAAGGGUGAUCUCUGCUGAAGAUCUUCUGUUCUUGAUGAGAAAAGAUAAGAAAAAGCUUAGAAGACUUCUAAAAUACAUGUUUAUCCGAGACUACAAGUCAAAGAUCAUCAAAGGCAUUGAUGAGGAUGACCUACUGGAAGAAAAACUGAGUGGCAGCAGCAGUACAAACAAGAGACAGAAAAUCGCUCAGGAUUUGAUCAACUCUAUCGACCAGACAGGAGAGCUUCUGGCAAUGUUUGAGGACAACGAACUUGAUGAUGUUAAACAGGAAAGAAUGGAGAGAGCAGAAAGACAGACUCGAACUAUGGAUUCAGCUCAAUAUGCAGAAUUCUGUGAAAGCCGACAGCUAAGCUUCUCCAAAAAAGCUUCCAAAUUUCGAGACUGGCUGGACUGCGGCAGUAUGGAGAUAAAGCCCAAUGUUAUAGCUAUGGAAAUUCUGGCAUAUUUAGCAUAUGAAACAGUGGCACAGUUAGUGGAUCUGGCUCUUCUUGUAAGACAGGAUAUGGUAUCCAAGGCAGGGGACCCCUUCAGCCAUGCCAUUUCUGCAACCUUCAUUCAGUAUCACAACUCUGCUGAGGGGGCCUGUUUGAAGUCCUGCCCAGACUCUCCUGAGAACACACCGCCUCCUACACCAACAGCUCCCUCUUCUGGAUCACAGCAUUCCUCGAGAGCCACAUCUGGGUCCUUGGGGAAUGGGAGUACAGGACAAGACUCUACUAAAAGCAAACAGAGAAAGAGGAAAAAGAGCACUGCGGCCUGUGGUGUUGAGGCUCACAGCGAUGCCAUCCAGCCCUGCCACAUCAGAGAAGCCAUUCGACGCUACGGCCACAAGAUUGGCCCUCUUUCCCCAUUCACAAUUCCUUUGUCUUUGACAGAGUGCCUACCGAAGGAGUGGGAUGGCUUUCCUGGCCUGCUGAGGGGACCAUGGCUGUGCCUGCUACAAGAGAGAAAAUGGUGCACCGAGGUCAUUCUUCCCUGCCCUGGCUGAAAAUAAAAUAUGAGUUUACCUUCUCCUGCC